CCUUUGUGCUGAGAGCUCACUGUCUGACUUCAGAGGUGACUUCAGAGCCUGCCGCAGAGCCGAAAACCAAUCCUCCAUAAUGGCAUCAUCCAGCACCCUGUCCCAGGCCAACACCACCUUCUGUCUGGAUCUGUUCAAAGAACUGGGCAAUACCGACAAGACGGCCAAUGUCUUCUUCUCCCCCUUCAGCAUCUCCUCGGCUCUGGCCAUGGUGAUGCUGGGGGCCAGAGGCAACACAAAGACGCAGAUGUCAGAGGUCUUGAAAUUCACUGAAGCAGAAGAGUCACAGCCUGGAGGAGCAGAGCAGCAGCAGCAGCAGCAGCAACAGCAACAGCAGCAGCAGCAGCAGCGGCGGCCGUUUCCGACGGGGCAUGUUUGCAUCCAUGACAAGCUGUUUAUGACAAAAAAUGAGAGCAAAGAGAACAUACACGAGAAAUUCAACCAACUACUGAAAGAGCUCAACAAGGCAAACGCUCCGUACGCUCUCAGUGUGGCCAACCGACUGUAUGGAGAACAGUCCUACAAGUUUGUUCAGGAUUAUCUAAAAGAAACCGAAAAAUAUUAUAAUGCUGCGCUGGAGUCUGUGGACUUCAAAAGCAGCUUUGAGAUGGUCAGGACCAGAAUCAACACCUGGGUCGAGGACCAAACCCAAGGCAAAAUCAAGGGUAUUCUGGCAGAGGGUGCUGUCAGUAACCUGACCAGGCUGGUGCUGGUCAAUGCCAUCUACUUUAAAGGCGACUGGAACAAGCAGUUUGAAAAGGAUGCUACAAGAGAUGAUGAGUUCAGAAUCAACAAGAAUGAAAUGAAGCCAGUGAAGAUGAUGAACCAAAAAGCAAAGUUCCCAUUGACCUUUGUUGAGGAGUUGAACCUUCAGGUAAGGAAGACGUUUCCAACAUUGUCUCUUAGAGCAAUGGCGGCCUCUAAACCGAUUACCCCCCAGCUGGAGAAGGAGCUCACCUACGACAAAUUUAUGAAGUGGACUGAUCCGGUAAGCAUGAGUGAAAGUGAGGUGCGAGUGGCUCUGCCUCGGUUUAAGAUGACGGAGAAGUACGACAUGAAGAGGUUUCUCACCAACAUGGGCAUGGUGGACGUCUUUGACGUUGCACUGAGCGACCUCUCAGGCAUGUCUACUGCCAACGACCUGGUCGUGUCAAAGAUCGUCCACAAGGCCUUUGUGGAUGUGAACGAGGAGGGAACCGAAGCUGCCGCAGCCACUGCUGUCACUGUCGGAAUCACGUCUGUGAGACCUAGCAAAUCUUUCACCGCAGAUCAUCCAUUCCUCUUCUUCAUCCGCCAUAACGCGUCAAUGAGUGUUUUGUUUGCAGGCCGCUACUGCUCCCCAGAGUGAGCACUACAUUGUUGACAGCAAUUUUACUUGACCUGGUGUGCAGUGAUAUUAACAGAAGUACAUACACAAUUUCAUUUUUAUAAUGGGGGAAAGGGAGAAUUGUUUUGUUUUUUUGGGUUUUUUUUUUAAUUAUUGGGUUCUCUUAUUGGUAAGUCCAUCACCAGGUGUGGGUUCUUGUCUGUCCUUAACGUUGUUUAGUAUGAGGGAUCUUUCAGCGUGUUUGUUUUCGUUAUGCAUGUUAGGCCCUUUUUGCUGCAUAUUCAUUUAUCGUUUAUAAUACAAUCAACAUAGACUUCAUUAACAAACAAAAAAAUCACUUCAACACAUACAAGUUAAGGUGGAUGUGUAAAAUGGAAAAAAAAAGUUUGCACUAUCUUUAAAUUCCACUCCAAUUUUACUUUAGGCACAUAUACACUUAUAGUAAUAAGUGUAUGCUGUUCCCUAGUGGACAACGAUAGUAGUACAGUGGGGCAGGGAAAUUCAUUUACAGCUUCAAUUUUACAACUUGAAUUUUUUUUAAGUAAUUAUAAUAUUGCUUAUAU